UGUGAUCCCGGGAAGAGAGGAUGCAUGAAGCUGCGUCCUCGAUGCAGACCCUAGAUCUCUCUAAAGCACGAAGGGUCUUGCUACAUACCUCCACAAACCCUGCAAUUUAGACGCAGAGGAGCAUUCUCCUUGAAGGGAUGAAUCAGAGUGAAUCUUUCAUGCCUCGACUUCUACGAAGCAUUGAAAGAGUCUCAUUUUCUGCUCCUGCUGAAGCCAGUAACGUUGCGAAAGAGUCUCUCUGCUCCUUGAAGAGUAAGUCCCCUGCGGUGUCAGCUACCCUGAAAGCGAGAAUGGAUCUGGAUGUGGUUAACAUGUUUGUGAUUGCGGGCGGAACCCUGGCCAUCCCAAUCCUGGCGUUCGUUGCUUCUUUUCUCCUGUGGCCUUCAGCACUGAUAAGAAUCUAUUAUUGGUACUGGCGGAGGACCCUGGGUAUGCAAGUCCGCUACGUGCGUCACGAGGACUAUCAGUUCUGUUACUCCUUCCGGGGCAGGCCAGGACACAGACCGUCCAUCCUCAUGCUCCAUGGCUUCUCUGCACACAAGGACAUGUGGCUCAGCGUGGUCAAGUUCCUCCCAAAGAACCUGCACUUGGUCUGCGUGGACAUGCCUGGUCAUGAAGGCACCACCCGCUCCUCCCUGGACGACCUGUCCAUAGAUGGGCAAGUUAAGAGGGUGCACCAGUUUGUAGAACGCCUUAAGCUGAACAAAAAGCCCUUUCACCUUAUAGGCACCUCGAUGGGUGGCCACGUGGCUGGGGUAUACGCUGCUUACUACCCAUCUGACGUCUGCAGCCUGUGUCUGGUGUGCCCGGCUGGACUGCAGUAUUCGACUGACAAUCAGUUUGUACAACGGCUCAAAGAGCUGCAGGAUUCAGCGGCCAUUCAGAAAAUUCCCUUGAUCCCGUCGACCCCGGAGGAGAUGAGUGAGAUGCUCCAGCUCUGCUCCUAUGUCCGAUUCAAGGUGCCCCAGCAGAUCCUUCAAGGCCUCGUUGACGUUCGCAUCCCUCAUAACAGUUUCUACCGGAAACUGUUUUUGGAGAUUGUCAGUGAGAAAUCCAGAUACUCUCUGCAUCAGAACAUGGACAAGAUCAAGGUCCCAACACAGAUCAUUUGGGGGAAACAAGACCAGGUGCUUGAUGUGUCUGGGGCAGAAAUUUUGGCCAAGUCUAUUGCCAACUGCCAGGUGGAGCUGCUGGAAAACUGUGGCCACUCGGUGGUGAUGGAGAGACCCAGGAAGACAGCCAAGCUCAUUGUCGACUUUUUAGCUUCUGUGCACAACACAGACAACGACAAGAAGCUGAACUGAGGCCCUCGCUGCAGCCCGCGUCGUUCACACAGCAUCUGCUCCCAUCCCCCAACUUGACACAGCCUCUACUCUCAGGAAUCCUGCCCGGAAUGCCGCUGGAGCACCAGUGUCCCUGAGGAAGCCAGUCUCCCAUCCCAGUCUUGGUUCCACAGAGCAUCAGGGGCCACAAGGAAAUCUCCAAGAUCUUUUUGUUUUUUCAAAAUAGGAACCUAAAUGCAACUGGAUUUAAAAAAAAAAUACCCAGCCAUGAAGCCUACUAGACGUCUUCAGGUUCGUGUCACUGAUGAGCCAAUGCUAAUCAUGACGACCAUGACCAUCAAAGAUGUUUUCUUUAAGACAUUCCUCACACGUCAAACUUGAGCUAUAUUUUUGUUGUUGUUGUUGCUUCAGAUGUAACCCUUGCAUGGUCAGUGGCUUCUUCUAGAGGAGCUUUUUAGUCAUUUGUUGAGCUCUUAUUUAGAUCUAAUUCAUGUUUUGCAUAGAGGCCCAUGUGUGAAUGCAGCCCACUAGCCACAAGACCAGAGAAGAAACAGCAAACUGUGGAAGAGGUUUCUGCCCCCAUGCCUGGCGCACAGACCUGGAAUCUCAGCUCCUUGGCAGGCUGAGGCGGGAGGAUCCAAGAUCAAGGCUGGCCUGAGGUACAGAGUGAGUUCAAGGACAGCCUAAGCUACUGACUGAGACAAUUAAAAAAAAAAAGAAGAAGGAAAGGAAAAGAAAAAAGUUUCUAUGUUUUUUUACAUGUAGAAACAUAUAUGAAGGAGCUUUGUUUGGCUUCAGCCAGCCCUCAGAGCUGCUGAAGCAGCAGAACACAGGCCGAUGGGUUUGGGUACCUACAAGUCGGUUACGUCAGAGUCAGCAGAAUGGAGAACGUCGGACAGGGUGGGUUUCCUAGGAAUCAUUUGCCAUUCUUAAAAUAAGACUAAUAAAGCAAUAAUGCUCUAGACUUCUAUCUAAUCAGACUGGAGUUCCAUGCCAAGCAGCUCGUGGGCAUCUUUUCUAUUCCGAUGUUCUCCUGAUAACCCUUGGAUAGAGAAUACCAGUCUGUUAAUGAAUUCUGUGAAUUCUGUGAGCAACAACGUGAUUGAAAAAAAAAGAUAAGUCCCAGCAGCUGUAAAAGUGACCACGGUGAUGUGAAAUAAAAUUAAUAAGUCUGA